AUGGCUACUACCGCUAAAGACGGAGAAUUUCGAAAAAAGCCUUCUACUUUUCGUAAUACGAUUAGUAAAGAUCCGGAUGCGAUUUUUACUCCCGAAAAGGAUCGCUAUCAUUUGUAUAUUGCUUGGAGUUGUCCGUGGGCUCAUAGAACUGUCAUCGUACGAACACUGAAAGGGCUUGAAGACAUUAUUGGAUUGAGCGUUGUUGAUUACAUUAUGGAUGAGAAAGGAUGGAAAUUUAGUACUCCCGAGGAAACUCCUGGGUGUAUUCCAGACACUGUAAAUAAUGCUCA